AUGCCUACCUUCACUGUGUUCAAGGGCAUGGCAAUGCUUGCCAGCGGCAUCACGGUCCAGGGCUCCGUUGUGGCCGCGAGGCAGAUGCACAAGGACAUGCUCGAGUUUGCGGCCCUGCAUCGCAUCAAGCCCGUCGUCCAGACUUAUCCCAUGACCGAGGAGGGCAUCACAGAGGCCAUGAACAAGUUGGACCGCGGCGAGGUUCAUUUCAGAGCAGUUCUUGUGCCGCAGUAG